UGGAAAAUAAGGUGAUGGAGAUCAUCGGAGACAUGGUGAAAGACGCAGCAUUUGCUUACCUCAAAUCCAGAUUUGAACCUGUUAUUGAGAGAGGAGUUGAAACUGCCUGGGAAGUAAUCAAAACUAAAGCUGGAAACUUUUAUAAAUAAAGGUCAACUAAACCCAAAAGACUUUAAUGACCAAAAAGUUGUAUUUUAUAAAAAGAUCGGAGAGAGCAUGAUAGAAGCUACCGAGAUCGAAACCGACAACUUGCUCGAACUAAUUAAUGAAGAAUAUAUGGAUAAGUGCGUAUUAGAAAAUAACCCACUAAUCGAUUUCAAAUCAUUACCACGUACGGAUGAAGAGCCUGUACGUCUCAGUAUAGAGUCUCCUUUAACUCUAUCAUUAAUUUCAGACUCAAAGCAUGCUAUAGGCUGGGAUCCUGAAGAUAUCUUAAUUGAUGACUAUUUCUAAAUAUAAAAUUUCUCCAAUA